CUAUCUCAUGUGUUUUUGGUCUACAGGGGCCUUGUCGCGUCAUCUCUGCUUGUAUUCAGGAGACGUUAUAAACAUAUUCACGCAGUGAGUCACAUCUGAAGGAGCAGCAAGGCGGUAGCGGUGCUGUGUUGAGGGGAAGAAAUGGCCGGAAAUGAUUGGAUUAACAGCUACUUGGAAGCGAUACUGGAUGUCGGGCCGGGGCUAGAUGAUACCAAAUCGUCUCUGCUGCUCAGGGAGAGGGGCAGGUUCAGCCCUACCCGUUACUUCGUCGCCGAAGUGAUCACUGGCUUCGAUGAGACUGAUCUUUACCGAUCUUGGGUCCGAGCACAAGCAACUCGGAGCCCCCAAGAGAGGAAUACAAGGUUAGAGAACAUGUGCUGGCGGAUUUGGAAUCUGGCUCGCCAGAAAAAGCAGUAUGAGGGAGAGCAAGCUCAGAGGUUGGCAAAACGCCGCCAAGAACUUGAGAAGGGUCGCAAAGAGGCUGUAGCUGACAUGUCAGAGGACUUAUCAGAAGGAGAGAAAGGGGACGCAGUCAAUGAUGUUUCAGCUCAUGGUGAAAGCACAAGAGGCCGGUUACCUAGAAUUAGUUCUGCAGAGACAAUGGAGAAUUGGGCCAAUCAACAAAAGGGCAAGAAGUUGUAUAUUGUACUUAUAAGCUUACAUGGUUUAAUACGAGGUGAGAAUAUGGAGCUUGGGCGUGACUCUGAUACUGGCGGUCAGGUAAAGUAUGUUGUCGAACUUGCAAGAGCGUUAGGCUCUAUGCCUGGUGUAUAUAGGGUUGACCUUCUCACAAGACAAGUAUCGUCUCCAGAAGUUGAUUGGAGUUAUGGUGAACCCACAGAAAUGUUGACCCCAUUAAGUUCCGAGGGAUCAAUGCCUGAGAUGGGGGAGAGCAGUGGUGCUUAUAUAAUACGGAUUCCAUUUGGACCAAGAGAUAAAUAUAUUCCUAAGGAAAACCUAUGGCCUUACAUCCCUGAAUUUGUUGAUGGAUCUCUUAACCACAUUAUUCAAAUGUCAAAAGUUCUAGGAGAGCAAAUUGGCAGCGGGCGUGCUGUGUGGCCUGUUGCUAUACAUGGGCAUUAUGCAGAUGCUGGUGACUCUGCUGCUCUUCUGUCAGGUGCUUUGAAUGUGCCAAUGCUCUUCACUGGUCACUCACUUGGACGAGAUAAGUUGGAACAACUGUUGAGAGUAGGUCGGUUGUCAAAGGAUGAGAUAAACUCAACCUACAAAAUAAUGCGUAGGAUAGAGGCAGAGGAGUUAUCUCUUGAUGCUUCUGAAAUUGUCAUAACUAGCACACGGCAGGAGAUAGAGGAGCAGUGGCGUUUGUAUGAUGGGUUUGAUCCAAUUCUAGAGCGUAAACUUCGUGCUAGGAUCCGGCGUAAUGUCAGCUGCUAUGGCAGGUUUACGCCACGCAUGGCUGUGAUUCCACCUGGGAUGGAGUUUCAUCAUAUUGUUCCUCACGAAGGUGAUUUGGAUUUUGAAACAGAUGGAGCAGAAGAUGGAAAAUAUCCUGCUAUUUGGACAGAGAUAAUGCGGUUCUUCUCAAAUCCAAGGAAGCCUAUGAUUCUUGCCCUUGCCAGGCCUGAUCCUAAAAAGAACCUCACCACUUUAGUAAAGGCGUUUGGCGAAUGUCGUCCAUUGAGGGAGCUUGCUAACUUGACUCUUAUAAUGGGUAAUCGUGACAACAUUGACGAAAUGUCAAACACCAAUGCAUCAGUUCUUCUUUCUAUACUGAAGAUGAUAGACAAGUAUGAUCUUUAUGGCCAAGUGGCUUAUCCGAAACAUCACAAGCAGUCUGAUGUUCCCGUUAUAUAUCGUCUUGCUGCAAAGACAAAGGGUGUUUUCAUAAAUCCAGCUGUUAUUGAGCCUUUUGGACUGACUCUGAUUGAGGCUGCAGCACAUGGUCUUCCUAUGGUUGCCACAAAAAAUGGUGGGCCCGUGGAUAUACAAAGGGUUCUUGACAAUGGUCUGCUUGUUGAUCCCCAUGAUCAGCAGGCUAUUGCUGAUGCACUUCUGAAAUUGGUUGCAGAAAAGCAACUGUGGGCUAAAUGCCGGGCAAAUGGUUUGAAAAAUGUACAUCUUUAUUCAUGGCCAGAGCAUUGUAGAAAUUACCUUUCUCGAAUAGCAGGUUGCAAGCCAAGGCAACCAUGCUGGCUGAGAAAUGCCGACGAUGAAGAAAACUCAGAAUCAGAGUCACCUAGUGAUUCUUUGAGGGAUAUCCAGGAUAUAUCUUUGAAUUUAAAAUUUUCACUGGAUGGUGAUAAAAAUGAGGGUACUGAUACCUUUUUCGAUUCUGAUGAUCGAAAGAGUAAGUUAGAGAAUGCUGUAUUGGCUUGGUCCAAGGGUGUGAAAGGCACAAUCAAACCUGGGUCAAUAGAUAAAACAGAUCAAAGUUCUAGUGCUGGUAAGUUCCCAUCACUGAGGAGAAGGAAGCAGAUCUUUGUUAUAGCUGUGGACUGUGAUACUAGCACAGGUCUGUUUGAAAAUGUAAGAAAGAUAUUUGCGGCCGUGGAAGCCGAAAGGAUGGAAGGAUCUAUAGGGUUCAUAUUGGCCACAUCAUUCAGUAUGUCAGAAGUGCACUCUUUCUUGGUUUCCGAGGGCAUGAGGCCUACUGAUUUUGAUGCUUUCAUUUGCAAUAGUGGAGGUGAUCUUUAUUAUUCGUCAUUACACUCUGAAGAUAAUCCGUAUGUGGUUGACUUGUACUACCAUUCUCACAUUGAAUAUCGCUGGGGCGGUGAUGGGUUGAGGAAGACUCUAGUUCGUUGGGCGACUUCCCUUUCUCAUAAGGGUGAAAAUGAAGAAAGUAUUGUUGUUGAAGAUGAAAAGAACUCAGCUGGCUACUGCUACAAUUUUAAAGUUCGCAAGUCCGGGAAGAUUCCUCCUUAUAUGGAGCUUAGGAAGCUGAUGAGAAUUCAGGCUCUCCGUUGUCACGUUGUCUACUGUCAGAAUGGUAGCAGAAUCAACGUGAUUCCAGUGCUGGCCUCACGCUCCCAAGCAAUCAGGUACUUGUAUCUGCGGUGGGGAAUGGACUUGUCAAAGUUGGUGAUCUUCGUUGGUGAAAGCGGGGACACCGACUAUGAAGGAUUGCUUGGGGGCUUAAGGAAAGCCGUGAUUCUGAAAGGCAUCUGCAGCAGUUCUAACAACCAGCUCCUUUCUCAUAGGAACUACCCACUCACAGAUGUAGUUCCUUACGACAGCCCAAAUGUUUUCCAGACAAGUGAAGAAUGCGACACAUCUGAGCUUCGUGUGAUGUUAGAGGAGAAGCUCUGUGUUCUGAAAGGAUGAGGAAAUCUUUUCCUUUCUCCUCGAAAAAAGAAAAUAUUUCAUUUUGAGAUAAAAGUGAAAUAUUUUCAAAAAAAGAAAUAGAAUAAAUUUAUGUGCUGCCCAUGGGGAUAUUAAACAAAACACUUUUCUUUUGUCAUAGUUCUUGAGAACUUGCUCAAGGCUUCUAUGAUUUUGUUGUAUUUAUUAAACACCCAUCUUUGCCCCUCUAUCUUGCUCGCUCACUACAAGCCAUUCUUUUUAUGUACAGUAAAUUUAGAUAUGGUUAUAGGCAUUCGUUUGGCUUGAAUAAUGUGAGGGGACUUCUGGUCCUAAGUAGUUUGUGAAUUCAAACUUCUGACUUUGAGCGAGCAGUUGCACUGGCCUUUGCGUAUGUAUAUAAUAUACUUUAUGUGGUUUAUACUGCAAUACCAGGGUCACGAGUUGCUGGGUAAAUUUGUAUCAUAGUCCAGUUAAUGUUCAAUGAUGGUUAUUCCUAUUAUUGUGUCAG